AUGCCGCACUCAUUUGUAAAGGUGAUAAUCAGAUUACCACUUAUAUUACUUGGUCCUCCUGGAACUGGUAAAACUGCAAGUAUUUUGGCUCUUCCACAUGAGCUGUUGGGGCCAAACUAUAAGGAGGCUGUUUUGGAGCUAAAUGCCUCAGAUGAUAGGGGUAUAGAUGUUGUGAGAAAUAAAAUUAAGAUGUUUGCCCAAAAGAAAGUGACAUUGCCUCCUGGGAAGCACAAAAUAGUAAUUCUUGAUGAGGCCGAUAGUAUGACAUCUGGUGCUCAACAAGCCUUGAGGCGGACAAUGGAAAUUUAUUCAAAUUCUACUCGUUUUGCUCUUGCAUGCAAUACCUCUUCUAAAGUUAUUGAGCCAAUUCAGAGUAGAUGUGCCAUUGUUCGAUUUUCAAGAUUAUCUGAUCAAGAGAUACUUGGCCGACUCAUGGUGGUGGUUCAAGCAGAACGGGUUCCUUAUGUGCCUGAAGGUCUUGAAGCAAUUAUUUUCACAGCUGGUGGUGAUAUGAGACAGGCAUUGAAUAACUUGCAAGCUACACACAGUGGAUUUCGGUUUGUUAACCCAGAAAAUGUUUUCAAGGUCUGUGACCAGCCUCACCCAUUGCAUGUCAAGAAUAUGGUCCGCAAUGUGCUUGAGGGGAAAUAUGAUGAUGCUUGUUCUGGUCUAAAGCAGCUCUAUGAUCUGGGUUAUUCCCUAACUGAUAUUAUCACCACCCUUUUCCGCAUCAUAAAGAACUCUGAGAUGGCUGAGUAUCUAAAAUUGGAAUUCAUGAAGGAAACUGGGUUUGCCCAUAUGAGAAUAUGUGAUGGAGUUGGUUCAUAUCUUCAGCUCCGUGGUCUUUUAGCUAAGUUGUCUCUAGUUCGUGAAAGCUGCAUAAUUGGUUGUAAUAGGAAUUAG